AUGGGAGGCAACAACUUUGCGCAAUUCAUGGUGGUAGGACCUAACACAUCUACCUUCAUAGCCACAUGUUUCUUCCUAGGCAUACUCUUCGCCUCGCUGCCCUAUGACUACAAUGUCCUCUGGACCGCCCCGCCCGAGGGACGCGACCACUACUUUAACCUGCUCGAGUCGCACAUCAAGUUCCUCUACGCCUCGCCCGCCAUCAUCAGCCGCAUCCUCAACCUCGUCAUCGGCACCGGCCUCCUCGGCUUCCUGAUCAAGCUGUUCAAGGCGUCCGAGUCCAACAUGCUGUUCGACGGCGCGUCGCUGGUGCUCUACAUGGCGGGAAUAACCGUGUACCUGACCAACAUCGUCAAGGGCUUCCGGGUUGUGACGGCGGGCAUCUACGGGGACAUCAGCCGCGCGUCGGAGAUUGGCGAGAAGGUGGAUUUGCAGGAGGGCGAGGACUUUAUCAGCAGGGAGGAUACGUUGAGGGUUUAUGCGGCGAGUAACACGAUUCUUGCGCUGGUACUUGUGGGUGUGCUUGUGUUGCAGGCGGGGCAGUGGUAUGCGAAGCGCGCGGAGGAGAAGGAGAUUCAAGAGAUUGAGAAGAAGGAGGGUGAGGUGAAGAAGGCGGGGAAGAAGAAGCAAUGA